AUGCGUACCCUGUCCCCCGUGUACCGCGUCCUGUUACUCACGUCCCAUGCGUACCCUUCCCAUGCGUACCCUUCCCCACGUGUACCACUCCCCAGGGCGUACCCCUCCCAUGCGUACCCAUCCCCAUGGUACCCUUCCCCAUGCGUCCAUUCCAUGCGUACCCAUGCCAUGGGUACCCUGUCGCCCAGGGCUUACCCAUAUCCAGGUGCGUACCUCACUUGCCCAUGGCGUACACUCCCCAUGGCGUUACCCACGUCGCCUGGGUACCCUCCUGAUACCCAGUUCCAUGCACCAUCCCCAAGGUACCCAGUCCCCAUGCGACCCAUUCCAAGCUUACCCAUUCCCGAUGCGUACGCCACGUCCCCAUGGUACCCACUCCAGAGGAGACCCAUUCCCCGAUGCGUACACCACGCCCAUGCGUACCCACUCCCCAUGCGUACGCCACCCCAUAGCGUACCCAUUCCCCAGGUAACCCAUGUCCAUGCGUACCCAUUCCCAAUGCUUACUCAUUCCCCAUGCGUACCCAUUCCCCAUGCGUACCCAUUCCCCAUGGUACCCACUCCCCAUGCGUACCCAUACCCCCAUUUUGUGAGUUUAAUAGCAGUGUGCGAGGGUGAAUGUGACAGUCUUAAGAAGUUCCUCCUGGCUGCCGCAUAA